AUUUACUCUUACUCUUCAAUUGUUUUGAAUAAUGUUGGGUAAAGGAUGAUCAAUGUAGAGGUUAUGUCGUGAUACUGGUAGAGUUAAUAUUGUCGGACUUCUACAGAAUUUGAAUUGAUAGUAGUGCUUUUUAAAUCUUUUACGUGUCUUAGUGAAGGAUCUUGCAAAUAAUGUUGCGAACAUGUGGUGCAAUAACACAAACCCUUAUAGGUACUGCAUUCACUUGGGGCCUAACUGCAGCCGGGGCCGGUUUGGUUAUAUUUUUUAAUGGAACUCAGCAAAAGCUUUUGGAUGCCAGCCUUGGGUUUGCCGCUGGUGUGAUGCUAGCUGCCUCCUAUUGGUCGUUGCUAGACCCUGCUAUAGAACUGGCCGAGCAGUCAGGUCUGUACGGGGAGAAUGGAGCUUACGCGUUCGUCCCAGUUGCUGUAGGAUUCGUAGCUGGUGCAGCGUUUGUGUACGCAGCUGAUCUGUGGUUAUCGUUGUUGGGAAUCGAUUCACCCAAUUUAAUGAAAGAUUUAGCAUCAAACAGCAUUUCUCAUAGGAAAAGAUUAUACAGUGGGGGCGAAGAGGGAAUAACCACAGUUGAAGGUUUUCCAGACAGCAGCUCUGUGGCCAAUCAUCUGCCCCGGAGAAGAACGGCUGGUAAAUCAUUGCAAAACGCACCACAAGAAAGUUCUUAUGAUGAUUACGAAUCUAGCAAUACUUUACACUUCAGCAAGGCAAAAUGGAAAAAGAUGUUGCUGCUCAUCAUUGCAAUAACAGUUCAUAAUAUACCUGAGGGAUUGGCAGUUGGUGUGGGAUUUGGUGCAAUUGGAAGUUCGAGCAGCGCCACAUUCGAAAGUGCCAGAAACCUCGCUAUUGGGAUCGGCAUACAGAACUUCCCAGAGGGACUCGCAGUCAGCCUGCCCUUGAAGGCGGCUGGAUUUUCCACGUUCAGGAGUUUCUGGUACGGCCAGCUGAGCGGCAUGGUGGAGCCGGUGUUCGGGGUGCUGGGGGCCGCCGCGGUCUCUCUGGCGCGCCCCGCGCUGCCCUACGCCCUGGCCUUCGCCGCCGGCGCCAUGGUGCACGUGGUCGUCGACGACCUGGUGCCCGAGGCCCACGCCAGCGGGAACGGCAAGAUGGCGUCGGCGGCCACCAUCCUGGGCUUCGUGGUCAUGAUGGUGCUGGACGUGGGGCUGGGAUAGUCCUGCGGCCGCCGUCGGACAACUGUCGAGGCCCUGCGGCGCGAGCCUGGACAUUCCGUCGUGUGUCGUCCGCGCCUCACCUUUCAAUACAGACAAUAUUAUUUUUUUUUGUAAAACAUAAAUCUUUUUGAAGUGAUAACGUCUUAUAAAUCGAUGAACGCCGGCUGCACGCACUAAAAAGCAUGACUCAUUGUCACGUUCCCGCCUGAGCCGAGCGUGCGAGAACCGGCCAACCACCGUGCGAGAAAAAUCUUUCCAUUAAUAUCAAACAGGUUAAGGCGGGCUUUUUUUUUAACUAAUUGUUCGUGAUUAUAUUCAAACAAAUUAUUUAAAUUAAAAUUUGCAAAAAAAAACUGUAAAUAAUAUUUGAAAAAUUACAAAAGUAAGCAAUUUUUUCAUCAAAUUUUUCUUAUGACGUUAUCACGUAAAAUUAUCGUCAGUAAACCGACUUUACAGACAACCUUUUUUUUUUUCAAACUAUAUUACUUUUUUUGUAAAACAUUAUUUUUUUAUUUUUAGUCAUAGGCAUCACGCGGAAUCCGUGGCGCCAAAGGUUUGGCGCGGGGAGUUAACCCUUUUUAAGUUUAGAAAUUACUAAGCGGUCCAGGAAUGCAUGCAUGCAAUAAUCGGAACGCCUUUUGUUAUUCGAAAAAGGUUUUUGACAUUAUUAUUACGUUUUUUUUUUAAAUCCCCGUUCAACGUCAUGAGCGGACGACGCAGCUGUUUUCCGUGCCACAAAAUCCCACGGCACAUCCCAUGUCCAAGUUUUAAUGUAAGUGCGUGUUUAUUAUCUGUGUACAAGUGGAUGAAAAUAUUGUCAACACUUAAUUACUACAUUACAAGUGAUAGUUUUUUUUUUUUUUUUUUUUUUUUUUUUUUUUUUUUUUUUUUUUUUUUUAAAAGGUUGCCAAGGUGGCAUGUGUCAUGAAGAGGUUGUUUGAAGCCAGGAGAGAGGCGAUACAGCUAUUGCGCCAUGUUGAAAAAUAUAUUUUUUAAAAUUAUUUUGGGUCCAUAAGAAAGAAUGAAAAAUGUAUUAUAAUUUUGUUCACCUCACCUCUUCAACAAAUCCUGGCUGUGCCAAUGGUGAGUGAGAGUGCUCCACCACUUUCAGAUACCGUCAGGACUCUUGACGAUAUCUUUAUUUGGAGCGCCAUUUUGUACACAAACUCGCAUGGCUGCCUGGACAUUUCUCUGGGCAGCGACAUUCUCGUGCGCAGGAGUCAAGAGUCAUUAGCCUAUUUUUUUCUCCACGCGAAUUUUACAAUGGCGCUCGUCCAACGUCACUUAAAACACGGCUGUUUUUAAGUUGGAGUUGGAGCCAUUUUCGUUCUAUCGCGCCGCAUUUUCCAUGAACACUUAGUGUGAUGUGAUAUUACCUCUGUCCAGUAUUUUUAAUUCGGUAUCCUACCUCCUUUUUUUUAAGAAGUAACAUUCCAUUACUACUAUAGUAAAGUAAAAAUAAAAAAUAUAUAUAUUGUAUUUUUUUCGUAUGAUUUCAGAAGUUGGUUGUGAAUUAUAACGGCAAAAUUCUUUUAAAAAAUGCAACUAUUAGCUUGGAUUUAUACUUCGCCGAGACUGAUGUGAUGUCUAAAGCAAUUUAAAGUUAAUCCCAUUCCGUUCCCGGAGUUUUGUGACUGAGACACCCGUGUGAUCGUGACACAACUUGUCCGCGACUCUUAGACGAAUAAAUUAGCUGGGCAUACGUUCUCUUUAUAAAUAUUAAACUUUUCAUUGCUUCCAACGAAUUUUUAUUAUUGUGAAUUUGCGCAGCAUAUCGAUUCUUUACGAUUGCGACAUUGUUCUCGUUUACUGCUUAAUGUUCUGAGGGUUGUUAUUCAGUUGUUGGUCCUGGACAAUUUGGCAGAAAUGGUUAAUGAAAUUUCUUCUAAAGGAUAAAGGGUCACUUAUAUUUUUUGUGGUUUAAAAACAGGUGAGCGACCGGACGAAAUUUAGUAGAUUUAUAUCCCAGAUUGUUGUUUGGCCAGAAAAAAUGUGGACGUGGAUUAUGCUGUCUUAGGUUUUGUGAUAAACCAGCCGUACUAAUAAUUGAGAAUUUUCAAAUUUCUUAAUUGUUUAAAUUUUCACAUGGAAGAAUGAUAACUUUUUUUCCGCAAGUCGCAAGUGGUUUACUAAUUAUUUCAUCGACCUCUACGAAGGUCGUAAAAUUUGAUUUUGUCUGUUUGUAAAAUAUAUUUCUCAGCCCAUUUAUUCUGUGAUAGUUGGUUUAGGCUUGUUAUUUUAUUCUAUUGGAUGACCUCCAGUUCAACGUAUCCAGUUGGUUUUUUUUUUUAUGGAAACUGGCGAGGCACAUCAUUUUAUUAUUUAGGUAAACGUUUGAACAUCAAUUGUAUAUAGCAUAUUUGUUUUUUUUUUCUUUCAUUUGGGGUUGGAGACGUAUUAUGUUUUGGUGUUUUGAAUAGGUGUAUAUAUUAGUAACUGCAUUUUUAUGUGUGUUUCAAAAAUCGAUUGUGAGUUAAAGUGUUUGUAAAUAGUUAAAAAAAAAAAGGAGGUAUUGUUUGUAACUCUAUUCUUUACUUUUUAUGAGUUGUACAACUGGUCAUUUGUUUGAACACGAUGUUAUAGAGUGGAGUUUUAGCUCUAUUUCCAGUGUGGGUAUGUUUUAAGCAUAUCUGUGUGUGUUUUGUAAUUAUAGAAAUUUAAUUUUGGACGAAUUAAAUGAUAAUGUUUGUAACUGGAGAGGGAAGGAAAAAGUCAGCUUGUUAUUUUAUUAUUUAAAAUGGUUUUUAAUUUUUAAUAACUUUUAAGUUUUUUGGCAAAGAAGUACACUAAGGUGCUUGUUUGAAAUAUGUUUUUUUUUUUGUGAGUUCUGCUCGUGGUGCCUUGCUCAUUUGUGAUCACUGAAAAAAAAACUAACUUAGUACUAUGUGAAAGUUCGCCUUUAGCCUUGUAAAGACUGAUCCUAUAAUGCCAAAGGUCAGUCAGUUCAAACAGUAGAGUAAUAUUGAAGUGCGUAUUGAUAGCUUCUUAAUACAGUCUAGUAAAAAUGGUGGAAACCGAUAUUCUUGUUGUGAAUUGUGUUUAGGAAAUAAGUUAGGUUUUUUUUUUUUUUUUGUAAAUACUUGGUCUUCGUAUUUUUCCAAGAACGUUUAUACCCUAAACUUGAAUUCAGAAAAUAUAAACCGGAGGAUGAGGUACACAAAUAAUAGUCAAAACUUGAAGUGGGAAUUUCGUUCUUUGACGUGCGGGGUAUCGACACCUGUGGUGUUGUGUCGGUUCUCGUGCGCGCGUUCACGCGAGAGAACAACAUGGCGGACGUGAAGGCGUGGGAAGCCUUCUAUUCACAGACGAGAGAGCCAAAACCCGAAGUUCCCCGAAGUUCGUGCUUUUUUUUUACGUAUCUUUAAUGUAGCUAUCCUAACCAAAUCAACCGUCCAAAAUGUUUUAAAGUAUUUAUAAUGUAGCUAACCUAACCUAAUUGACAAUUAGUAUCCUUUUCAUCAACACAUUUACAAUGAACAAAAAAAAAACCGAAGAUGCACGAUCAGUCGUUUGGCUCUCUCGUCUGUGAAAAGAAGGCUUCCCUGAAGGCGUCGCCAGAGACUCGCUCGACUCCGAUUGGUUGCAGCGGACUGGAGAUCCAACACACAUACGAGCAUUAGCAGCGUUCAUGAUUUUUUUUUUUUUUUUUUUUUUUUUUAAUCAUUGCUAGUUGGCACUGAGUGUCACAGAGAAAAACCAGAAGAACCGGAAAAAGAAAGAUGAAUUCACGAACGCACAGAACACAAGCCAAAUUCGAAACAUGUCAAAUGUUAAAUGUAAAGACAGCAAACCAGCGGCGUAGCAGGCGGGUGGCAGGGAUGGCCUCCCCCCUCUAUUUUAAUCCAAGAGGGGGCGCCAUUUUGAAAUUCGGCCAGGGGCACCAGUCACCUUACCUACGCCACCGCAGCAAACUGGCAGAGUAAUUUUUACUAUAGAAAUUUACUUGAAUAUCUUUAGUGUUAGAACACAAAAAAAAAGUUGAAUGGCAGAUUAACUUAAUUAUUUGUAUUGAAAGUACAUUCAUGUAUAUCGUAAAAUGUUAGGUAGAUUUCAAAGAAAUACUUCAUAUUUUAGUCGUUACCAUGGUUAGUCUUUAAGAAAAAUUUUAUGUAGUUUUUCGUUUCAUGGUCCAUAGACCCCAAAAACCAUCAACUCAAAUCUAUAUAUAUCACAAUAUUGUGGACAUGAUACAGGCCACAAAUUUUCACAAAUCUCUUCCAAACUAAUACUUACAUAAAAUCUAGUAGUGGAAAAUCUUGGCCGAGUUCGUUAAUGGGCAAUAUCUGACCAAAGGGGUAGAAAUGGGGAAGGUUUUUUUUUUUGAAAAACAGAAAAAUCGCUGUGACUCAUAAUAUGGAAAAUAUCACAUCCGUUUGAACGUAUUAUAUAACUCUAAGAAGCAAUACCAAAAUAUUUUGUUGGAAAUAAUUUUUUGAUUAGACAAACCAUUGUUGCGGGGAUUUACUUUAAAAAAGGGGGGUGGAAAUUUAAAGAAAAAUCAUAAAAUUUGUAACUUUUACACUACAUACCAUGACUGCAAGAGGUGGAAUAAACAGGGGUUGAAUAAAAAAAAAUUCAUAUCUCCCUUAGUAGACACACUAUCAAAUCCGUUCAAAUUGUUUGUAUCUUAUAUUUUUGUCUAAAACUUUUGUGCGAAGCAAUUUUUUUUUAUAAUACAAACCAUUAUUGCAAGGGAUUGAAAAAAAUUGGGGUUGGAAUGAGAAAAUAAAUAAAACCCUACGCCAUACACUAUCGAAUCCAUUCUUAUUUUUGUUUAACUGUCUAAAUAUUGACUAAAAUUUUCGUUAACGUAAAUAUUUGUUUACCAAAUUAUUACUGCAAGGGGUGGAAAUAAUAAGGUUUUAAGGUAAAAAAAAUUACUUUUUUAAAAAUAUAUACCAUCAUAUCCGUUAUAAUUUAUUGUAUGAAUCCUAAUCUUCGUCUAAAACUUCGUCUGAAAAUUUUUUUUUUUGAUCAAACGAAUUAUUACCGUAAAAACAUGGGUAGAAAUUUAAAAAAAUUCAAAACUUUCUUAGUAUUAAAUUAUUUUGAAUUUAUUUUAAUCGAUCUUAAAAUUAUCUUAAACCUUUGUGCAAAGCAAAUUUUUAUACGACCGCGUUAUUAGUGCAAGGGUUAAAAAAUAAUGUUUGAAGGUCAAAAAAUUAAGUAGUUACCUUAGUUGGCAUAUAAUAUGAAAUUCUUUCUAAGCUAUUCAAUGCUGCGUUAUAAACAUUAUAAACUAUUCAAUGCGAAUACAUUGAGUUAAAAAUAUUCAUAUAUAAUAUUUUCGCUGCAUGGAAAAUGAGCAAAUAUUUAAUCGAUCAUUUUGUAAUAUUGGAGAACAUUAAUAUGUUAUGUAUAUUAAGUUCUUUAAAUGUUCCAGAAGUUUAUAGAAGUUGCCAAAAUAUUUCCAUAAUAAAUAGGUACUUUGAAAUAUACCUACGCCUGUAGGCUACGCUGAAAGGGAUUUUUUUUUAAAAUUGGUAUUUUUUGCUUACUAUCCAACUUGCAAUGUAUCAAAAAUGAAAUGACCGGAAAUAAACCUAUUUAUUUACCAUAUAAGUUGAAUAUUUUUUUUUGUAAAAGUGGAAUUAAUUAAUAUCUUAUGGUGGUAAAAUAGGAGUUGUCGGGAAAUUUUUGGUUUGGUUGAUUUGAAAAGAAAAAAAGAGGGCGCCAAGUUGAGUUCUUGCCCUGAGUGAAAACUAGUCUAGUUACGUCUUUGAGCACAGACGAACACGGGGUUUUCUCUAUGACAUACGUGCAAAUUAGCAAUGGAGUAUGUCCAAAAUAUUGAUUUGAAUCAAUCUCCCCAAUUACAAGAAUCAUUCAAAGAACGCACACAUUUCAUACAUACUAAUUACUUUUGAUAGUGUCUGGACUUUUAUCAACGCAACAUUAUCUUUUAGAGAAAAAUUUGACAAAAAAAUAAGUAUAGUAACCUAAUAGCUACUAAAAGUUUUAGUAAGUUAUGUGCCAAAAUUUGUGUCAGUGGCCAUGUCUGCCAUCAAACUGUACUUAACAACGAAUUAAAAUAAAUAAACAACGUAAAUCAUAUCAAGUCAAGAAUUAAGUUUCAUUAAAUUUUAGUAGUGUAAAAGUUUGAGAAUUGUUUAGCAUGAAGACUGUGUGACUAUAUAAUUCCAUUUUAUUUGAAAGUUUUCUUGACGAGAUCGAAUAUUAUGUUAACAGUAUAGGGAAAUAUGUAAACUUAAACUGUGAAGAGUAUCGUUAUAUUGAUUGAUUUUCCUCUAACAGUUUAAGUCUAAAUGUUCCUGUUUUUUUUGUAUUCUUCAUGUGUUUUAUAUAAUAUGGUAAUUGGAGAUGUUUGGGGGGGAUUUAUUUGGUUAUUUCGGUCAUGUAUUUCAUUUAGUUUAUUGCACGGAUAAAUAGAUAAUACAACUAGAAAGUAUGGUUUGGUAAAAUAUUAUUUUAAUACUCAAAACCGAUUAUAUGUGAAAGGUUUUGAGUGUUUAUAUUAUUAAAGUAGAUAUUUAAUGUUGUUCUCAAAGUUAUUUUGUUUCAAAUGUAAAUUAUUUCAUUGCAUUUUGUUCCUAAGGCUGUGUACGAGGCAUUUUUUGUUUCGGUAUGUUAUGUACCAUAAUUUAAGGUGUGAUAAUAAAGCAGUUAUAUCAGUCACAUGUAUUAAACAUCAUUUGUA